AUGGUGUCAAAUAGAACUUCCAGGCCCCAGCGCCUCAGCACCUAUGAAAUUGUGUUCGGGGCUCUCAUUGUCAUUUUGGUGGUUCUCUGUGCUGCGCUAAUUGCAGUGUCCUGGCUGGCAAUCAAGGAAUCAGAGACAGGUGCAGUAUCUGGAAAAAGGUAUAAAGCCAGAGGGAUACUGAAAAUCACAUCAGGAGCUACAUACAAUCUUAAUUUGCAAGACAAACUCUCAGUGGAUUUCAAAGUUCUUGCUUUUGACCUUCAGCAAAUGAUAGAUGAGAUCUUUCAAUCAAGUGACCUGAAAAAUGAAUAUAAAAACUCAAGAGUUUUACAAUUUGAAAAUGGCACCGUUUUAGUCCUAUUUGACCUUUUCUUUGGCCAAUGGGUGUCAGAUGCAAAUGUAAAAGAAGAACUGAUUCGAGGCAUUGAAGCAAAUAAAUCCAGCCAACUGGUCAACUUCCAUAUUGAUUUGAGCAGCAUUAAUAUCACAGGCAGGCUAACAACCAACAGUCCUCUGGCAACCACAGGAAAUGUCUCAGUGGAGUGCCUGCCUGGUUCAAGGCCUUGUGCUGAUGCUGUAAAAUGUAUCGCAAUUGAUUUAUUUUGUGAUGGAGAAUUAAACUGUCCAGAUGGUUCUGAUGAAGACAAUAAAACAUGUGCCACAGCUUGUGAUGGAAGAUUUUUGCUGACCGGAUCUUCAGGGUCCCUCGAGGCUACCAGUCGUCCAAAGCCUUCGACAGCAGGUGUUGUUUGCCGGUGGAUUAUACGUGUAAACCAAGGACUAUCCGUUCAACUGAGCUUCGAUUCCUUUAAGGUAUUUUAUACAGACACAUUAAAUAUUUAUGAAGGCGUGGGUUCAAGCAAGAUUUUAAGAGCGUCUCUCUCGGAAACUAAUCCUGGCACAAUUAGAAUUUUUUCCAACCAAGUCACUGCCACUUUUCUUAUAGAAUCAGAUGAAAAUGAUUAUAUUGGCUUUCAUGCAACAUACACUGCAUUUAACAGCAGAGAACUUAGUAAUUAUGAGAAAAUUAACUGUAAUUUUGAAGAUGGCUUUUGUUUCUGGAUCCAGGAUCUAAAUGAUGAUAAUGAAUGGGAAAGGGUUCAGGGAAACACCUUUCCUCCUUUCACUGGACCAGAUUGGGACCACACUCUUGGCAAUGUUUCAGGAUUUUACAUUUCCACCCCAACUGGACCAGGAGGGAGGCGAGAAAGAGUGGGACUUUUAAGUCUGCCUUUGAACCCCACAUUGGAACCAGUCUGCCUUAGUUUCUGGUAUCACAUGUAUGGUGAAAAUGUCUAUAAAUUAAGCAUUAAUAUCAGCAACGAACAGAACAUGGAGAAGAUAAUUUUCCAAAAGGAAGGAAAUUAUGGACAAAAUUGGAAUUAUGGACAAGUAACGAUAAAUGAAACAGGGGAAUUUAAGGUUUCUUUUAAUGCUUUUAAAAACAAGCUCCUGAGUGACAUAGCGUUGGAUGACAUUAGCCUAACAUAUGGGAUUUGCAAUGAGAGUCUUUCUCCAGAACCAACUUUGGUCCCAACUCCUCCACCAGAACUUCCUACGGACUGUGGAGGACCUUUUGAACUGUGGGAGCCAAAUACAACAUUUACUUCUAUGAACUUUCCAAACAACUACCCUAACCUGGCUUUCUGUGUUUGGAAUCUAAAUGCACAAAAGGGAAAAAACAUUCAACUUCAUUUUCAAGAAUUUGACUUGGAAAAUAUUGCAGAUGUAGUUGAAAUCAGAGAUGGUAGAGGAAAUGAUUCCUUGCUCUUAGCUGUGUACACAGGGCCUGGUCCAGUAAAGGAUGUGUUCUCAACCACCAACAGAAUGACUGUGCUUUUCAUCACUAACAAUGUACUGGCCAAAGGGGGAUUUAAAGCCAACUUCACUACUGGCUAUGGCCUGGGGAUUCCAGAGCCCUGCAACGAAGACAGCUUUCAGUGUAAGAACGGAGAGUGUAUCCCGCUGGGGAAUCUCUGCGACAGUCUUCCACACUGCAAGGAUGGCUCAGACGAAGCGCACUGUGUGCGUCUCUUCAACGGCACCCUGAACAACAAUGGUUUGGUGCAGUUCAGAAUCCAGAGCAUAUGGCAUGUAGCUUGUGCGGAGAACUGGACAGCCCAGAUUUCAAAUGAUGUGUGCCAGCUGCUAGGACUAGGGAAUGGAAACUCAUCAAUGCCCGUUUUCUCUACUGGAGGUGGACCAUUUGUAAGACUAACCACAGCGCCUAAUGGCAGCUUAAUACUAACACCAAGUAAACAGUGUUCACAGGAUUCACUGAUUCUGUUACAGUGCAACCCUAAAUCAUGUGGGGAAAAAAUGGUGGCUCAAGCAGUCAGCCCAAAGAUCGUUGGAGGAAAUGAUACCAAAGAAGGAGCCUGGCCCUGGCUCGCUGCCCUCUAUUAUAACGGCAGACUGCUCUGUGGCGCUUCUCUCCUCAGCAACGACUGGCUGGUGUCUGCGGCCCACUGCGUGUAUGGGAGAAAUUUAGAGCCAUCUAAGUGGAAAGCAGUCCUAGGCCUGCAUACGACAUCGAAUCUGACUUCUCCUCAAGUAGUGACCCGGCUGAUAGAUCAAAUUGUCAUAAACCCACAUUACAAUAAACGGAGCAAGGACAGUGACAUUGCCAUGAUGCACCUUGAAUUUAAAGUGAAUUACACAGAUUAUAUACAACCUAUUUGCUUACCAGAAGAAAAUCAAGUCCUCCCUCCAGGAAAAAUCUGUUCUAUUGCUGGCUGGGGGAGGGUGGUUCAUGAAGGUUCUACUGCAGAAAUAUUGCAGGAAGCUGAUGUUCCUCUCAUAUCAAAUGAGAAAUGCCAACACCAGAUGCCAGAAUACAGCAUUACAGGAAACAUGGUGUGUGCAGGCUACGAUGCAGGAGGAGUAGAUUCUUGUCAGGGUGAUUCAGGAGGACCAUUAAUGUGCCAAGAAAACAACAGGUGGUUCCUGGCUGGUGUGACAUCAUUCGGAUACCAGUGUGCGCGGCCUAACCGCCCAGGGGUGUAUGUGCGGGGCCCGAGGUUCACAGAAUGGAUACAAAGUUUUCUCCACUAGAGUGUCUCCUAAACCAAACACAAAAGGUUCCCAUUCCACUCUAACAAGUGUGAAAAUUGAGAAUUUUGUAAAAAAUAGUUCCCAAAAGCCAUUAUUCUUACCUAAGCCACUGAAAUGCUGGGAACAAACAAACAAAACUAAUUAAUCUCUACAGAACUAAGUAACUUUAAAAUCAUGCGCUUCGGUUUUAUUGUGGACAUCUAUUCUUUCACAGAUAGAAUUUCCUUUGUUCUUAGUCAUUAUGUUUGUCAUGUCCUCUUAUUUAAAGGAAUGUUAUUUUAAAUCAUAAAUUAUACACUUAAGACAACUUAAGCAAAAGAACUGAAAUAGACUGUUUUGCACAAGGUACGUUACUGUUUGAAAUAAACUGCUGGAAAUUAUCCAGCGCCAGCUGCAAUUGCUACUAUCAGAAGUUCAGUAGUCUUCCUGCUUUUCUACCCAAAUGUAUUUCCAACUCAUCCUGAGCAUAUUCCUAAUGGUUUUCCUGCUCAGAAGAAGUACGUAUUGUAAGCUUAUGU